AUCCAAAGUGUGAAAAUUGUUGAAAGCUUGCAAACAAUAAUACAACUAUGAAAAAUAAUAAAACAACCUUCUCUCACUGCCACUGUCCCUCUCUUUCCCUCUUGCACUCACUCUAUCCCUUCUCUUCCUCAACUGUGCUAUCGCUCUAACACUUGUCAUUCCCUUCCGCUCAGAACGUCGCUCCCUUUUCCUUCCACCACUCUCUCCCAUUCUUUCCUUGUUCUGAUUCCACAUUCUAUUCUAUCUUUCAGCCCAUCCAUUCCCCCUCACCACCAUCGAUUCGUCCUACCGUCUCCCUCCUACUUUCAAUCCCAGCCUUUCCCUGUCACUUCCCCCCUCCCUUCUCUCCCUCCCUCUCAGUUAUCUCUCACCAUGUCGACUCCGUCUCUGUCCCACUCUUUCUUUCCCUCACCGCCCUCUAUCUGUUCUCACUCCCACGAUUCGCUACUGGCCUCUCACCUUCUAUUUCUCACCCUCUCUUAUAUUCUCUCCUUCUCUCCCAGACGAUCUGAACCCCACCUACUCAGAUCUGAAAUUUCGGAAAGAGGAACCCCGCAUCGAUCAGGAUGAAGAUCCUCCCAUUGCCUCGGGACCUGGCGGGUUGUCAAACAUUGCACAAACAGCGGCGUCGAAAGUGAAGAUCGGAAAUAGACCGUACCUUCUGAUUUGCCUUCUCUGCCUAGUUACAUCCGCCCUCAUCGUGACAGUGGCCGCUCUCUCGAUCCAUGUAUCACAGAUUCGUCAGUCUAAGGAAACCUGCCACCGAAACUACCAUGAGUUAAACUCAACACUUCAAUCCAAGCUUUCUGCGCUCAACUCUAAUCUGUCCGUUCUUCAAGGAAUGCAGAGCGAUCUCCGUCACCAGUUCACUGAGAUGGAAACGAAGUACAGAUCUGUCAACGAAACCAAGGCUCAGAUCUGUGAAUUGUUGACCAGCAGAAGAGAGCAAACGUGUUCCAAGAACUGGGUCACAAAUAAAGACCGGUGUUAUUACGUAUCCACGUUUGAAACAUCUUACCAAAACGCCAUUCAAGAAUGUUCAAACCGUCAUUCAAGUCUGCUGGGAAUCAAUUCAAGUGAUGAAGCGAGCUUUGUAUCCCACAAUCUUCUGGACAACUACCUUGUUUACUGGAUUGAAAAAUGCGAAAACGGGAAUGAGUACUGGAAUCUCCUGUACAAGGUGCCCUCUGGAACGCCCGACUGCGGAGACUGCAAGCGGGAUGGAGGGCGUUUCGAUUGCUAUCGAGAUCAGCGUUUCAUCUGCGAGAAGUCGGCACCUUUGUUCCCGGAUAUUCCUGGAAAGAUCCAGGGUCUCUGCCAAAAGCCAUUGGAGUUGACCUGAAUCAAGUGACUACCCCCGUUUUCACUUCCUUCUCUCCCCUUCACUCUCAAUCCUAAAUCCUUUCAAAUUUCGCUCUCUGCCGCUCCCUUCUACAUCUCCUCCUCUUGUCGCCAUCAUAUUCUCCCCACCAGACACCGACAAACCCCUCUCGCCGUCUAUCCCCUUCGUUCUCGCCACUCCCCCCCCCCGUACCGCUCUUCCCAGUUCCCUCUAGCGUCCUCUCUACCCCUCAGCUCCCCUUCUUAUCUGCAACCUUCUACGCCCGCAAUUUCGCUGCUCCCUGUGCCCACCUCUUACACCUCUCUCCCCUUCCCUCCCCCAGGGGCUCUCUACCUACCCUACGCGUUCUCUCUGUGAAGACCAGCGGGCCAAGUGUCCUGUCCACCCCAUCGGAUGUUUUCCACAAGAAUCUCUAUUUGAGUUAUUAUCUGAAACUUAUAACACCAGAAAUUUCUUCUUUAGAAGCAUCAGUACGGCGCAAAGACGUACAAUUCAUGUAAAUUACAAAUAUUA